UUUGGUCAUGAACCGAAGUCCCGCCCACUGACGGCAGCUGGAGGUGGAGGACAGAAAGUGACUGAGCAGCGGCCACAAGGACAUGCCACAGUGCCUGCUAGAAUCUUCAGCUGUAGACGCAGAACGCGCCUUCAGUCCAUUUAAAGAAUAUGAUUCCAGUGACCGAAUUCCGGCAGUUCACGGAACAGCAGCCAGCAUUCCGGGUUCUGAAGCCAUGGUGGGAUGUGUUCACGGACUACCUCUCUGUGGUCAUGCUUAUGAUAGGUGUGUUUGGAUGUACUCUGCAGGUGAUGCAAGAUAAAAUCAUAUGCCUUCCUCAAAGAACAUUCUCGCCAAACCAAACAGAGCUGAUGUGCCCACCUCCUUCUACAAAAAAUGAAUCAAUAGUGCCUGUCCAUGAGUUGAAAGGACUAAAGACGAACUUGGAUAUUCAGCAGUAUAAUUACAUAAACCAAAUGUGCUAUGAAAAGGCACUGCAUUGGUAUGCUAAGUACUUCCCUUACCUGGUUCUCAUACAUACUGUCAUUUUCAUGGUGUGCAGCAAUUUCUGGUUCAAAUUUCCUGGCUCCAGCUCUAAAAUUGAGCACUUUGUAUCCAUUCUGGGCAAGUGUUUUGACUCCCCAUGGACUACGAGGGCACUGUCAGAAGUAUCUGGGGAGAAUCCUGAGGAGAAGGACAAGAAGAAGAACAGUGCCAGUAGGUCAAACCUUGAUACUCCAGUUGGUGAGGGCAACCUGGAAAAGACUCAGUCUUUGAGAUCCAUUCCUGAAAAGAUUGUUGUUGAACAGCCAGUAGCAAGUGUCCUUGACAAGAAGGAAGGAGAGCAAGCCAAGGCCUUGUUUGAGAAGGUCAAAAAAUUCCGCCUGCAUGUGGAGGAGGGUGAUAUAUUAUAUAUGAUGUAUGUCCGUCAGACUGUUGUAAAAGUACUCAAAUUUAUCCUUAUAAUUGCAUACAACAGUGCUCUGGUGUCACAGGUUAGGUUCAGUGUUACCUGUACUGAGAACAUGCUGGACAUGACAGGCUACCGGUACUUCUGUUGCAAUCAUACUAUGGCCCACUUGUUCUCCAAGCUCUCCUACUGUUAUUUGUGUUUUGUUGGAGUUUACGGACUUACCUGCCUUUAUACAUCCUACUGGCUGUUCUAUAUUUCUCUCAAGGAAUACUCUUUUGAAUAUGUCAGGCAAGAGACCGGAAUUGAUGACAUCCCAGAUGUAAAGAAUGACUUUGCUUUCAUGUUGCACAUGAUCGACCAGUAUGAUCCCUUAUAUUCCAAGAGAUUUGCAGUUUUUCUCUCAGAAGUGAGUGAAAACAAGCUGAAACAGCUCAACCUCAACCACGAGUGGACAGCUGAUAAGCUUCGGCAGAAGUUGCAGACCAACAGCAAUAACAGACUAGAACUUCAACUCUUUAUGCUGUCGGGUCUCCCAGAUACCAUCUUCGAGGUGACAGAGCUGCAGUCUUUGAAGCUUGAGAUUAUUAAUAAUGUUACCAUACCAGCAGCCAUUGCCCAACUAGAGGAUCUCCAGGAGCUUUCGCUUUACCAGUGCUCGCUCAAGAUCCACAGUGCAGCCACCUCCUUCCUCAAGGAGAACUUGAAGGUGUUGCGAGUUAAGUUUGAUGAUGCCCGUGAACUUCCACAGUGGAUGUAUGUGUUGCGAAACUUGGAAGAGCUCCAUCUGAGUGGCUCUUUGAGUUCUGAUGCAUCAAAGAAUGUGACCCUAGACUCUCUACGAGAGCUCAAAGCGCUGAAGACACUGACGCUCAAGAGCAACUUCACCAAGAUCCCUCAAUCCAUUGUGGAUGUGGCCAGCCAUCUACUACGCCUCUGUGUUUGCAAUGAUGGCACCAAACUGGUCAUGCUAAACAACCUGAAAAAGAUGGUGAAUCUUACAGAACUUGAGUUGGUGCACUGCGAUCUGGAGCGCAUACCACACGCCAUUUUCAGCCUGUCUAAUCUGCAGACUUUGAAUCUGAAAGAGAACAAUCUACGCACCAUUGAAGAGAUUGUCAGCUUCCAGCACCUCAGUAAGCUGACCUGUCUGAAGCUUUGGCACAACAGCAUUGCUUUUAUACCUGAACACAUAAAAAAACUCACCAGCUUGGAGCGCCUCUACUUCAGUCAUAACAAGAUCGAGAUCCUACCUUCACAUUUGUUCCUGUGCAACAAACUCCGUUACCUUGAUGUUUCCAAUAAUGACAUCCGUUUUAUCCCACCGGAGAUAGGCGUUCUCCAAAGCCUUCAGUACUUCUCUGUUAGUUGCAACAAAAUUGAAAAUAUUCCCGAUGAGCUCUUCUUCUGUAAGAAGCUAAAGACUCUAAAGCUUGGCAGAAACAUGCUGUCUGUCCUCUCACCAAAGAUUUCUUUCCUAGGUGUACUGACUCACUUGGAGUUAAAGGGUAAUCACUUUGAGUUCUUACCAGCUGAACUUGGCCAUUGUCGCGCCUUAAAGUGCAGUGGACUUGUCGUAGAAGACGCGCUGUUUGAAACGCUGCCUACAGAAGUCAGGGAACAAAUGCAAGCAGAGUGAUGACUGUUUUGCUUUCAUGCCAAAUAUUGUAAUCUGACUCCUUAAGAGGCAAGACUCCAGGGGUUUCGUCCUGUAGUAUGUAUAGUGAUCUAUAUGGGUGAGUACUUGUAAUUUCAUGUUUAGAGCUGGACUUGUGCUUAAUGGCCUUUUAAUGCAAAAAAGAGAAAAAUCUAGGGAUGAAUACCUUUUAAUGCCUUACAUUGUAUAUUAUGGAAAAGAUGCCAUGUAAACAUUUUAAGAUACAUGUAAGAUACAAAGAUACAAAGAUUUUCUAUACAUGUAAAUCAUAAAAUUAGACAAUUGACAGGGAUUCAUUUUAAAGACAGUGGGAUGGAAUUUCAUUGCAUUCUUUCACGGCAUUUGACUGACAUUUGCUUUAAUAAUUCAUUAAGCUUGUGCAGGUCAAGUACUGUACAACAUGUUUUGCACUGGAAAUAGUGAUAUUAGAAUUUGCACUAGAAACUUUAACAUUCCUUUUAUUUGACAUGUUAUGUGUAUAUAGGACUUUGCAAGGAUUUGAAGUAUGUAUUAUAGGAAAAUAGUUAAUGUAAACAUUUAUACUAGUAGUAUUUGUUUAGUUUUUUUCUUCCUGCAUAUUUACUCUGAUAAUUGUUAAGCUUUUGGAAAGCAGGAUCCUUAUGCAUGUGUUCUAGGGUAGAUUUACAUGUUUAUCGUAGCAUUACUGUUUUAGUGAUGAGUUUGUCUGCCGUUGGCAGUAGAUCCUGGGCAGAUAAAGGUAACCACAUUUCAGUAUACCUCUUAUGUUCUAGUUGUACCUAGCUUCAAAUGUCACAAUAUGCAUUUCUAAAGGGUUUUUUUUUCUGCUGUGGUUUGCUUAGUUUAAACAGUACUUGACUUCUCUGGUUGAAGACAGAAUGCAGAUGAAGAAAGCAUUUUUCUUACCUGAACUUGGUCUUUUAAUGUACACACCUUUUUCUUAUAAACCAAUAAUGUACUACAAAUAGACAUUUCUAUUUAUUAAUCAUAUUAGUCAACAGUAUUUGUCAUUUAAGCUUGAAUUGUAACCUGUUUCCAUUUUAUGCAAACUAAAAGAAAACAUUUGCCAGAAACAAAGCUCUAAACAUAUAAACAAAAGCAUUUGAAGAAACGUAUUCUUCUAUAAUGUCUAUAAUAUGCAAAAAAGGUAUCUCUCAAGGUGCACUAAGAUAAAUCAGGUUGGUAGUAGGCCUGUCUCGAUAACAGCUUUUUGUUGUGCAAUAUAUUGUCCCAUCAAUAAUUGCGAUAAAUAAUAUUAUUGUCAUUUUAAGACCAUCAUAAUAUAAAAGCAUAACAAUGCAAGAAGACCUACAUACUUUCAAAUGACAAAAAACUUUAUAUUCAGAUACCUUAAAAACUUGAAUAAAUAGUAAAUAAACAUUUUCUAAAAAAAACGGCAAAGUAACAAGUAGAAAAAAGAAAUAUUCAUGAAUAAUUUUUUUUUUUUUUUUUUUGAACUAGCACCAACUACACCAUGUUAUGUACGAGAAGCUGCAAAGACACUGGCGCAAGUGGAAUGCAAAAAACAUGGUGACAUGAAUGUUUAAGUAAAUAUAAUGGGCGAUACAUUGUCACUAAAAUUUAUUGAGGUCAUGUACAUAUAUUGUAUGAUAAGUCGAUAUAUUGAUUAUUGCGACAGGCCUAUCAGGUAGACUUAGUUCCCACAGUAUUUUCUCUCAGCUAGACAGUGGCGAUUGAUUAUGAGUGUGUGUGUCUUUUCUUGAGGUCAUGUACAUGGCAAUUACAUCAUCUGUUCUGAUCUGAUCUUGCCUUGUGAGAGGUGACUUAUCUGAUGUACUGAGAUCAGCAUGUGGCCUUUUCUUAAUAGACUGCUGUUACAUCGCCAUCAUAAGCAAGUGUCAUUGAAUCAGUGUUUCAUGUAUGAAUUCCAAGACACUGGUAAUACACAUCUUUAGUUGCUUUAAGAAGGUUAAAACUGAAUACUUGAGCUGUUUAGAUUACCAGAUCUUUGUGUGUUUUGCAUGUAUUCUUUUAUUAAAAUAUUCACAAAUGACUUUGGUGCAUUUGAAGUGAUUUUUAUUUUUAUUUUAUACAUUUUUUUUGUCAGUAGACCUGUCUUGGGUCAGGAAGGUCAGUUCCUGUUCAGGUCUUAUGUCUGGUCUGCAUGUUAGAGGUUAUAGUGAUGUGAAUGCGAAAGCUUCAGAGUGGACUUUUUUUUAUUUAAAAUCUGUGCAUAAAAGGAAGGAUUUGUUUUCCAUUAGAUAAAAGUGCUGACAUAAUAUAGUCACCUUUAUUUAUAUAGCCUAGUGCUUUAUACAAUACAGAUUGUGUCAAAACAGCUAUAUAGUGCCGCCAUAUGCCUUAUUUUAUGCCUUAGUUUUGUAUUAUUUUUAUUCUACCAAAGUGUUUUGAUUUGUAAAACAGCAUAAAUAAAAUGCAUUCUUU